GACCGGGACCGGGGCAUGGCCGAGUCCGGCCUCGCGGUGCGGAGGAAGAGCCGCCCCAGCUCGGAGCGUAAGAGGAGCCGCGCCCCGGUGCAGCCCAGCGCCACCAGCUCGCCGGUGGCUCCCAAGAGACCGAGCUCUGGUGGCGAGGGGCCACCGCCGGCGGAGCCCCCGUGCUGUAAUGACAGCGAGGAGGACAUGUUUGGUGACUAUGACAGCUUCUGUGGAAAUGAUUCUUUGCUAGCUCAAGUGGAUGACAUCGAACACAAGUACCUGCAAGAUAAAAACAUGGAUGUGAAAGCAGCUAGAGAAAUCACAGUUGGGAAUCUUCAGUCAGGAAUUCACCAGAAAAAACAAGACAACUUCUCUGCUUCAGAUAAGGCAUCUGUCCUUAAAGCUGACAAAGAGGGUGCUUGCCAAGUGCAUGACAGAGACCGGGUGGAUGGCAGUAGAGAACCAGCUGAAUCUCUUUUAGACGACUUGCCAUCAUCACAACUUUUGUAUUUUGAGAAAACGGAUGAACUUGCUUCUGCUUUUAGGACAUCGCCAGACUCAAAAGAGAGGAGUGAAUGUGUGAAUUCUUCCUCGGACAAAAUCAGGAGCCCAUUGUCUUAUUGUGCUGAUGCUGAACACAGGAACAGACCUAUGGACUUUUCCUCAGGCUCCAAGUGUGUUUUAUUGAAAACUGAGAGUCUUAAAGAUCACCUAAAAAGUGCUAUGACUGGAAAUGCCAAAGCCCAGACUCUGCAGGUCUCUAAGACCAAGCAGCUUAAAGAAGCUGUUUUAUCUGAAGAGAUUUUUGUUGCUAGGAAAGCUAUUGAAUCUUCUUCUGUUGAUAUAGGCCCUUUUUAUGGAUUACCUAGCAAAGUUAAAGAUUUAUUCAGACAACUUCGAGGGAUUGAAACACUUUAUGAGUGGCAGCAUGAUUGCUUAAUGUUAGAAUCUCUACAGCAAAGAAAGAACUUAAUAUACUCAUUACCAACCAGUGGUGGAAAAACACUGGUAGCUGAAAUAAUGAUUCUGCAAGAACUACUCUGCAGGCAGAAGGAUGUUCUGAUGAUCCUGCCAUAUGUUGCCAUUGUCCAAGAAAAGAUUAGGGGUUUAUCAGGUUUUGGGAUAGAACUGGGUUUCCUGGUUGAAGAAUACGCAGGAAGCAAAGGAAGAUUUCCACCAAUCAAAAGGAGAGUAAAAAAAUCUCUUUAUAUUGCUACCAUAGAGAAAGGACAUGCUCUGGUGAAUUCCUUAAUCGAAACAGAUAGGAUCAGUGACCUCGGUCUGGUUGUUGUAGAUGAGCUGCAUAUGCUUGGUGAGGGAAGUCGUGGAGCAGUACUGGAAAUUACUCUUGCGAAAAUCCUUUACACCAGUAAAAACACACAAAUCAUUGGAAUGAGUGCAACGUUAAAUAAUGUUGGAGACCUGCAGAAGUUCCUGCGAGCGGAAUACUACACCAAUAAUUUUAGACCGGUAGAAUUAAAGGAAUAUGUGAAGAUACGAGACACCAUUUAUGCAGUUGACAGCAAAACAGAAAAUGGCUUUACGUUUUCACGUCUCCUUAAUUUCAAGUAUUCUAGUUAUCUGGAGAAAGCGGAUCCUGACCACAUCAUUGCACUGGUUACUGAAGUUAUUCCUAAUUAUUCCUGCCUAAUCUUUUGUCCCACCAAAAAGAAUUGUGAAAAUGUGGCUUCAAUGGUGUGCAAGUACCUCAAGAAAGAAUUUAGAGCUCACAGGGAGAAAGAAAAACAAGAUCUCAUCGAGAACCUAAAGAAUAUUGGAAAUGGAAGUGUCUGUCCUGUUCUGAAGCAAACAAUCCCUUUUGGUAUUGCCUAUCACCAUAGUGGCCUUACAAAUGAUGAAAGAAAAAGCAUAGAGGAAGCAUAUUCUUCAGGUGUCCUGUGUCUACUUGCUUGCACGGCUACUCUGGCUGCUGGAGUCAACUUGCCAGCUAGAAGGGUUAUUCUCAGAGCUCCUUAUGUUGCUAAUGACUUCCUGAAGAAGAACCAGUAUAAACAAAUGAUUGGCAGAGCCGGUCGAGCUGGUAUUGACGAUGCUGGAGAAAGUAUUCUCAUAGUGCAAGAAAAAGACAAACACUUGGUUCGGGAUUUAGUUAUUAGUCCUUUGGAGAAUUGUUACAGCAAUCUUCUGCUGGAGUUGACCAAGGGAAUGCAGAGCCUGUUGUUGUCUUUGGUUGGACUGAAGAUAGCAGUUACCUGUGAGGAGGUCAACAGUUUUAUGUGCAGUACAUUGCUGGGUGUUCAGCAACAGCUGCUGUCUAAAGAGAAGAGCCUCUCAGAGGUAAUUAAAGAUGGACUAGAAAAUCUAAUAGAAAAAGGGCUCCUAAAAGGAAGAGUAUCUGAGGAGGACCACAAUUCCAAAUGUACACUAACAAUCACACCGUUGGGAAAAGCUACGUAUAAAGGAUCUAUAGACUUGGCAUACUGCAAUCUUCUGUACAGGGACUUGAAGAAAGGUUUGGAGGGGCUAAUUCUUGAGAGCAAUCUUCAUCUCCUGUAUCUGGCAACUCCUUAUGAAGUGACUUCUAGCUGUAGCCCAGAUUGGAUGAUAUACUUGAGACAGUUCAACCAGCUAAGUGCAGCAGAACAAAAAGUAGCAGAUAUUGUGGGAGUGCCUGAAAGCUUUAUUACAAAAAAGGCUUCUGGUCAAGCCAUCAGAAAGAAUGUGGACAGUGCUGUGGUAAACAGGCUCUACCUGACGUUUGUCCUUUAUUCCCUGGUGAAAGAGACCAAUAUAUGGAACGUUUCAGAGAAAUUUAAUAUGUCCCGAGGAUAUGUGCAAAAUCUCCUUAAUUCUGCUGCCUCGUUCGCCUCCUGUCUUCUACACUUCUGUGAGGAAUUGGAAGAAUUCUGGGUUUAUAAAGCCUUGCUGACAGAACUUACCAAGCAGCUGACAUACUGUGUUAAGACAGAACUCAUCCCUCUGAUGGAGGUAGCAGGGGUUCUAGAGGCAAGAGCAAAACAGCUUUAUAAUGCAGGGUACAAAACUUUAGCACACUUGGCUAAUGCAAAUCCAGAAACUCUGAUAAAGAUGAUUGAGCACUUGUCACGACAUCAAGCCAAACAAAUUGUUUCAUCUGCAAAGGCAUCACGAGAAGGGCCUUCAUUUAAUAUCUGCCUCUAAGGUACCCUUAUUGCCUUUGGCACACAUAAAUAAACAAAGGGAAAGGUUCUGUAACAAACAUUGAGUUUUGUCUAAACAAAAAAUACAGAAAGUACUUCAUUUAUCAAUGGUAGCAUUUUCUCUCCUCUAUCUCCAUUAAUCAUCUGCUGCUACAAUGGUAUUGGCUUCAUGUUGGAUUCUGCUGAAAGAACAGGAUUUUGGUGAAGUAAGGGAAUGUCUAGAAUGAAUGGAUGGGGGGUUGGUGUAAAAUUGAGACGGUCAAUAACAAAGUCUUUCUUUGUAUAUUCUCAUGGAGUAAACAUACAAACUUUGAGGUUUAUGCACUUAAAAGGUCACGUUUGUUUAAUGUUGUUGUAGGCUUCUUGCUGCUUUUUUUUUUUUUUUAUGCUGCUUGGUGAGCCAGAAGAGAGGGAUAUAUGCAUAUUCCUCAUGCACAUCAAUGUCAAAUCCAACAAUCUAGCUUACUCUCAUGCUCAGAUAUUAAAUUAAAGUUUUCCCUAACUGGAAAGUUAGAAGAGUGCUGGCAUGGAGGCCUCUUCUUCCUCAGCUGCCAGCAACAAACAGUUCAGUUGCUGAUACUGGGAGUCCUCUAUGUCUGGUGUAAAAUGCUGUAGUAAGAAAUUUCAUAUAAAGCAAGAAAUUGGCAACUUGUCAGGCACAACUUAAAAGUGUUUAUUCCAAUGUGGAAAAUAAAUGUUUAAGGUUAAAAAUGAUCCUUAAUAGUUACAGACAAAACUGUUUAGUUCUGUAAAUUUUAUGUACUGUGGCAGAAUUGAGAAAAACAGCUGUGUACUGUAUGAAUUUUUAUGUGACUGCCUUUUAUAUGGGUGUACACUAAUCAGUAAGACAUGUUGGUAGUAGUACUUGUGCACAAGUUAGUCCUUUGAGGCAAAGGUCUUGUGAUCACUGUGGUCCUGUGAGCAGCAGCAGAAGUCUUUCACAGACCAGGUGCAAUUUUGGAAAGAAACACUGGUGUUUUAACCUAACAAUUACAUCUAAUGCUUGUAUUUGUUUUCUAAUUUUUUUUGUUUGUUUUUGUCACUGUAGAUGCUGCUGAGUGAAAAAGCUGAGGCUUUACAAGAAGAAGUUGAAGAACUCCUAAAGGUGCCUACAGAUAUCCCAGGGACCCACUGACCAACUGUCAUGGAGAAAAAUCAUGUCCAAAAUUUGGAUAUUUUAAAUUUUUUAACUUUCCUGUGUAAAGCUGCUGCCAUGUAAUAAAUAUUUAAUGUCUUUUGUA